GUAACGAGUGUUUUUCAUGUGGAAAGAUUAUUAAUAUAUUAUCAGUGGCUAAAAACUGUGUUAUAGUGUAAAAACACGAAUAAUUUAUAGUUAUGUUCGCAUAGUUGAAUAACUUGAUUAUCGCUUUAUCACGAUGUCGGAGGACGUUGAUCGAGAUUUAUUCUAUCAGCGAGUUAACGAGACGCUUCUUAGCGUGACUGCGCCGAACACGUUCCUACUCACAGCGGCAAAGUACACGCGACUCAUUGAGCAGGUGAAAAACGCUAAAACGAAAAUAAAGAAGACACCAGCCGACUACCGUCGAAUCAAAAGAUACGAUAUCGUCGACUCGUCUAACGGCGAGAGACUUGUUACGGCGCGAACCCCUGGCCAUAAAUCUCAAAUGGUUUUUGUCAAAUUAGAGGAAAUUUAUGACAUCAUACGCGAUUACCACUUGAGAUUGAACCACGCAGGCAGAACGCGGUUAAUGAACGCAAUUAAGUUGAAGUAUAAAAACAUUACAACUGCCAUCGUCAUGCUUUAUCUCUCCCUUUGCGAAGGUUGCAAAAAUAAAGUACCUAAACGCAGCAAGAUUAUGCGAAGCGAUAAACAAGGAACGGAAGAAGUGUUUAAUUCGUCUGAAACAGGGAAUAUUUUUAAAAUAGAGCUAAAAAUUGAUCCCCUGGGAAAUAGUGUCAGAGAUGACAUAUCAAAUUGUGACCUACGAGGAAGCUUUGACGAAGACGACAAGUUAUAUCCAGAACUGUACUCCCGCGGCCAAAUGGACAUACUUGAUGUUACAGCAGCAAAAGGAGAAUCUUAUAAAUAUCUAAUGGUGUAUAGAGAUCUCGUUACAAAGUACAUCCACCUGAAGCCUUUGAAAAGUAUUAAUGUUGACGAAACUGUCGAAGCUCUAUUAGAAAUAUUCCUCGUCUUUGGCGCGCCAAAUGUUUUACAAUCAAAAAAUGGUAUAUCUGUAACGAAACAAAUUUGUCGACGAAUGUAUACCGCUUUCCCAGAAAUAAAAGUGGUCAGUGCAGAUCGUAAGGAGAGUACAACGAGUUACAAAGGACAAAAUAAUGAAGAUAUACUAAGAAUGCUAGGCGAUUGGCUAAAAGAAAAUGGUUCAAUGAAAUGGUAUCAAGGAGUUAAGUAUGUCCAAUAUGUUUUAAACAGUACAUUCAAUAUUAAUCUCCGGAGAACGCCCAGCGAGGCCGUUUUUGGUUAUAAUCCAAAGAGAGGUGUGGCAACAUUCAUGACUAGAAUUGAGUACAACCAUCUUCACACUGAAACUGAUUUAAAAUUAGCUCUAGAAGAGAAGGAAUCGGGGAAAAAUUCUGAGCAACUAAUGUUGGAAGAAUCUCUCAUACCAUCUUGUAGCUUUAUCAAAUCAGAGCCGGACAAUGCUGACAAUGGCCUCUGUGACGGAAAAGCUAAUGAUAUUUAUGAACCAGAGCUUUCAGAAUAAAGGGAUAUUAUUUAUAGUUCCACAGAACUUUAUAAAGAAGUGAUGUUUCUUUUAGUUUUGGAGUUUAAUGCCAAUUACAAUAUCUUCGAAUGAUGAACAAUUCAGAACUAUUAAUUAACUAUUAUUCGCAGAGAG